AUGAGCAGCUUACGUUUGGCACGUCUCCAAGAAGAAAGAAAAUCAUGGCGUAAGGACCAUCCGUUUGGAUUCUUUGCUAAGCCAGCUAAAAACCCUGACGGAUCAAUGAAUUUGCAAUCUUGGACGGCUGGUAUUCCAGGUAAACCAAAUACUCUUUGGGCCGAUGGGGUCUAUCCUAUUUCCAUAACGUUUCCUGAUGAUUAUCCUUCGAAACCUCCAAAGGUGAAGUUUCCUGCCAAUUUCUACCAUCCAAAUGUGUAUCCUUCGGGAACUAUUUGUUUGAGUAUUCUUAAUGAAGAGCAAGAUUGGAGACCUGCCAUCACUUUAAAACAAAUUGUAUUGGGGAUUCAAGAAUUGUUGGGCUCCCCAAACCCUGAUUCUCCUGCUCAGGAACCAGCUUGGAGAGCGUUUGGUAAAGAUCGUGCCACUUAUGAUAAAAAGGUUAAGGAGCAAGCCCAGAAAUACAUAAAAUAA